AAUGCUAACAGACAACAGAGUGAGGCAGUAGAACCCUUUAGAUGGAGGGACCGUCAUAAAAACUUGCUAAAACUGAGUGUUUUUCUUCUUUAUCCCUUACUUGUUAAGUUAACUAAUUGUUGUAUGUCUAGCAGUGGUACACAUCGAGGAGCUAGGCUCGCUGUAUAAGCAGCGAGCCAGAAAAUAGGCUAGUUAAUACUGUUAGCCUAACAGCUAAACUUGCUGCUGGGCAGCUUGUUUCCAUUAGUUAGCAUCGAUGAGGAAACCCAACCCCGCUUUAAAUGCUGUAAACAGGACUGAGCGGUGUGUCUGGAGUUAGUUAGUUGACCGCUUGUCUAAGAAAGAAUACACCACAAUGACAGAGGAUGCCAUCCUGUUGGAUGUACCUGUCAUUCGGCAGCUGUACCACUGGGACUGUGGGUUAGCCUGCUCCAGAAUGGUCCUGAAGUACCUCCACCCAGUCUGCGAUGAGGAGUUUCAGAGAGCAUGCUGGGACCUGAAGCUGACAGAGAGUGUGUGGACUAUUGACCUGGCCUACCUCAUGUGCCAUCUAGGAAUCAAACACUGCUUUUGCACACAGACUCUGGGCGUUGAUAAGGGGUUCAGGAAUCAGUCAUUUUAUAAGAAGCAUUUUGAUACAGAAGAAGACAGAGUGAAUGAACUCUUCCUUACAGCAGAGAGCAAAGGUGUGGUGGUGAGGAAAUGUUCAGUAACCGUUCAGGAAAUCCAGUCUCAUCUGGAGCAGGGCCACGUUGCCAUAGUGUUGGUCAAUGCUGUCGUCUUGACAUGUGAGCUGUGCUCCUCACCAGUCAAAUACUGUUGCUUCCUGCCCGUGGGUCAGAAGUGUUUCUGCAGGAAGCCCGAGUACCAGGGUCACUUUGUGGUAGUGUGCGGUUUCAACAGGACCACAGGCUGCAUUUUCUACAACAACCCUGCAUAUUCUGACAGGGUGUGCUGCACCAGCGUCAGUAACUUUGAGGAGGCUCGGCGGAGCUAUGGGACAGAUGAGGAUAUCCUGUUCAUCUUUAAGGAGAGUUGAUGGACAGUGGUGAUGGAUUUGGAUUUCACUCUUCCUCAGCUCAUCAUUAUAUUGACAUCAUGCUGCCGCAGGUCUCCAGUCCUGAGCCCCUGUCAGCCAUUGCAGAUCCCCAGGGCUGUCCUCUCUGGUGCUAAUAAGCCCGACUGCUCACAAGAAUAACAUUUGCUGCAGAAUCACUGCUCUUAUUCCCUCUUAUACAGUCAAUACUACUUGACCUGUGAUAGAUGAACAGCUGGAAGGUUCAAAAUCUAAGUUGAAAUGUAUUUUUUAAAUUUCCUUUUUGACAUGAGCAGAUAGUUCAAAUGAAUUUUAUUGUAUAUUUGUUGAAUUUUAAUGCCUGUGGUUGCUCAUAGAUAGAAUCUUGUGAAAUUUCAGACCGUGAGCAGUGGAUAUCAGACUUGUGGGAAUCACGACCAAGAAUAGGAAUUACCAGGAAAUAGUGUUCAUAUAAUUCAGGGCUGAUGACGAUAAUGUUUCAUAUAGAAAAUGCAUUUCCUCUGUUCAGUGGUGAAGUCUGAAGAGGAUCAUCUGCUGCCACCAUCCUCACCUCCACUUGCCUUUUUAAGAAUCCUCCUCACGCACCUCUUGGUCACUUUUUAUUCAGAUGAUUCUAUCAACAGGGAAUACAGGAGUUAUAGUGGUUGUGUUUUGAGAGUCUCAGGUAAUUAAUGCUCUAAUGUGUGACGUGUGCAUCAAAUGACAAAACUAGUUCAAUGCAAUAUUCCAUAGACUGUAUAUGGAACCCAAUCUGCCUGCAGAAGAACAUGGAUAGUGUAUGGACGCAAUGGAACAUGAACUCGCUAGUUUCAUUUACUUCACUGGGGGAAAAAAACAGGUAACAUGCUUGUUAGGUGGCUGCAUUGUUUUUUUGAUCAUGUGGGGAAAAGGUGUAAUUUUGACUCAAUCAUGGUAUCUGUUGAAAACAGUGAAGACUAGGUAUUGUCACUCAGUUUUUUUUUAAUUUUGGUAUUAUGUAUACAUUUUUGCACUACACUUUUCAUACCAGACAUAAUUAUGUGUUAUUUAAAUUAAAGGUUUUAUGGUGAAACUGCUUUUCUGAGUCUCUGAAAAGUAGUUUUUCCUGGUGGUUCUGUUUGGUAAGAACACCCAGCACAUUUUAAACCGCAGACUUUAUUUUUUAUUAAACAUAGAGCUGCAUUUAUUAUAUGUUAUGAUUAAAGAAUUUGAACACA